AUGGAAACAAACAGUAGCAUAUUUUUUACCGGGAAGUCUGUUAAUGGCAAUGUUUAUCAUGAUAUUGUAGUUGAUAUAAUUUCCAAAACAGAGUCUAUAGGAUUGAAUGUUGUUGCUCUUAAAUCGGAUAUGGGGCCCAGUAACCAAAGUUUGUGGAGGAAAUGGAAUAUAACUGCCGGUCGUCACUGUAAAUUGUCAAACUUUCUACCUCAUCCCCUUGAUGACAAUAGGAAAUUGUUUGUUAUUCCAGAUGUACCUCAUCUCUUUAAGAAUAUUAAGAAUAUGUUAGUAAUUAAUAAAGAAAUAUUUAUUAGCAAUAAAAUACAGCAACUUUACAAUCUUCCUACAAAUAAAAUUUGUUCAAAUCAUAUUGAAGAUGUUAUUAAGUAUCAAGAAAAAUUAGAUUUUUUAUUAGUUCCUAAACUGUCUGAACAAGAUUUGAUGCCAAACCAUUUUCAAAAAAUGAAGGUUGGAAAAUCAACUAAUGUAAUAAAUCAUGAUGUAUAUACUGCCUUAAGAUUCUUGUCUGAAGAAUUAAAUAAGCCAGAAUAUCUUACAACUGCUUGGUUCAUUAACUUAGUAGAUAGAUGGUUUUCUUUGAUGACGUCCAGACAUCCUGUUUUAGCUUUAAGCAAAUUGAAACCAGACAUUUAUGAAGAAACUAUACAAUUUUUAAAUAGUUUUAUAGAUAUUAUGUCAGAUCUAGAAGUAGGACAUAAAAGGAUGUGGAAACCGUCUCAAACUGGUUCCAUACUAGCAACAAAAUCAAUUUUAGAUAUUCAAAAAAUUUACCUAAUUGAUAAAGGAUUUAAAUUUCUCUUGACUUCAAGAUUUACUCAGGAUUGCCCUGAAAAUCUAUUUAGUAUUUUGAGAUCAAAGAACAUAGUACCAAAUGCAUUGCAAGUGAAAAAUAAUUUGAAAUUGUUAUCUGUAUCUCAAUAUUUAAAGGAAGUAUCAACAGGGAGUUAUGAGGAAGAUGACAGAACAUUUUUAUCGGGAUUUUUGGACACUUUAAAAACUAAACCAAUUGAAAACCAAUUUCAAAACAUUCAGCUGCCAUCAGAAACAAGUGAACCCGAAAUCAACUUUGCAAUGGUGAGUUAA